CCGAUCAACCAGUUUACCUAAUUCGACUGUGUGUGUUACAUGGCAUGCAAUAAAACAACGUGCAAAAAGUACACACAAAAAAACGAUCUAUCGCCCCAAAAUCAAAUGUCGCACCGUUUUCAUACGAAAGUCGCGUGCCUAUCUCGUACAACAAGCGUUGACGCAUGGUCAACAUAAAUCUAAGCAAUAUUUUCAGGUUUACCGUGCACUCGUUGUCCUUUAUAACGGCCAUAAUGUAAGCUGCCCCACAAUUCCAAGCUAACAACAAUAUAUUGAGAAAAGGGUCUGUGCAUCCAGCAAACACCGGGGUCACCGACACUGUUUUUUUCUUUUGCACUGGUAGUGAUUGCGGCAAGAGCGGAGUUUCAAGGAAUCGUCAUCCAGGAAGGGCCCAUUUGACGAAAUAGUGCCGAAGCACUUGCACUUUUUUUGUUUGUAAUCUAUUGACAGUGCAAAAACAUGAAUGUACCCACUAGAUACCCUCACAUGUUGCUUUGGUCACGAAGGGUACUGGGUCGUUGGCCAGUCACAAAAAAUGCGCGACGAUCAAGACACGAUGCGUCUACACCGUUUCCUCCACCGCAGCCCACUCGCCCUGUAGUGCAAUUUGAUAAAGAUGCACUGUCAUCUUCAAACAACUCUUCCGACAAUAAGCGUCUUAAAAUGGAGGAUAUUGUUCACGAUCCAGCUAUUGAACAGCGACGGCAUCAUUUUGACACUUACGAAUUGCUGCAAACGUUGGAACGACAAGGAUUCACGAGAUCGCAGGCGAUUGUCGUUAUGAAAGGCAUCAAGUUCAAAUUAAGAGAAAGUGCGGCCAAGUUGCAAACGCAGUUAUUACUACGUGCGGAUCUGGAAAACGAAUCGUAUUUAUUCAAAGCGGGAUUAUCCGAACUUCGAACAGAGAUUCAGGUGAUGCGGCGCAAUGAUAUCCAAGUGUUGCAAACUGAAGUGGCCAUGAUUACGCGCGAAGUGGAAGCGUUGGCUCGAAAAUUGCAAGAAGAUGUGGCGACAAUGAAAAACGAUGUCACCCUCGAUAUGAACAACCGAAAGAAUGAGACUCAGGAACACCAAAAAGCUAUCGAUAUGCGCAUCCAGGAAAUCAAUAACAAGUUUACUGUUUCCUUGGGUGAUGUACGAACAGGUCUGGAAGCCGUGCGAUGGGAAACGAUUUGGAAAGGCAUGACUGGUGUGGUUCUUGCCGGUUUAACGAUUGCUUCACUUGGUUAUUUAUUAACACGGUAUGCAGAGAGCAAAGCAGAGUCUCUCCGAGCAGAAAAACAAAGGAGGAAGAAGCUCCUCCAAGAAGAAGCACGUCACGCAGGCACAGCUGAUAUGGAAGUUAUCUUUUAAAUUGGUAAUGGUGGACGGUUUCGAAAGGAGGGGUUAUCGUGCAUAUCAUGUGAGAGGAUCAACAUUUGUACAGUCGUCCCCCAGUAAAAAAAAUCAUUUUGCAUGCCGGAUACAAAACUUUGGACGUCAUGAAAUGAUUUUCCAUCAUUUGAACGCUUGUGACCUCGAACUGUAAAUCAUUGUUAGUUAGAACAAACGGUAAUGUGGGAAUAAGUAGCGUUUUAUUGUAUAUUUUUGAGGCAUAUUUUAAACAACGCAUAUACUUUACGGACGGAACCAAGGACAUCUUGG